AUGAAGCACGGCCUCAAGCUGCGAAAGCUCGGGCGUACAUCAUCCCAUCGUUAUGCCCUCCUCAGGAACCUCGUCUCCGCCCUCCUCCACCAUGAAAUGAUCAAGACCACCUUGCCAAAGGCCAAGGAGGCCGCCCGCAUGGCCGAAAAGAUCAUCACCCUCGGCAAGCGCAAGACCUCGCCGGCCGUCCGUUCGGCCCAGGCCUUCCUCAUGCCCCCUCACCACUACGGCGAGUCGUCGACCCCGCUCGUCCAGCCUGUCCCCAGGCCCGCUGCCGCCAUCGAGGGCCGCACCUUUGACGACGUCGAUGCCGAGACUUUUGUUCCCCCUACCUCCCUCCUCCCCAAGCUCUUCUCCACCCUCGCCGAGCGCUACGAGGAUCGUCCCGGUGGCUACACCCGUAUCCACAGGUUUGGCCGCCGUCCUGGAGACAACGCGCCCGUGGCUAUUGUGACACUGGUGGACGGACCCAAGGACCUCAAGUUUGAAAUGACCGCGCGUGCCGUCGCCCGUGAGACUGCCGAGUUCGACCAGGUCGACCUUGAGACUGUCGCUCUCCGCCCGAACACCAAGCGUGCGGUUGAGCAGGUUCUCAAGUACCGUUCGGAGGAGGACAAGGGCGCGUGGAACGAGAGGAUUGGCGAGCACAAGGCGAACCUCAUCAACGAGGGCCUGGCUCUUGGCCAUCGCCGCCAAGCCCCUCCCGCCGACGCUUGUCGGGCAUGGACGUCGCCCCACACCGGUCUCGGUCUCGCGCGUGGUACUCUUGGUCGCCGCUCCCCCGCGGUUGCUCCCAAGCCCCGCUUUGCCGCCGAGGAGGAGGGUGCCGACAUCAACACCGUGGACAAGUAG